AUGGCGACGGAAUUGUUUGAGGAUAUCUUUGAAGUGCGACAGGUCAACCCGGACGGAAAAAAGUUUGAUAAAGUGACCCGUGUGGUGUGCAAAGGUGUUUCGUAUGAGCUCGAGCUGACACUGGACAUCAACUCGGAGGUUUAUCGUUUGCGUCAAAAUGAAAAGUUCACAUUGGCACUUGUCAGUACGUUGGACUUGGAAGGGAAACCGGACGAUGGGACGUUUAAUCAGUCGGGCAAGCCGACGCUGUUAGAUCGUUACGACUAUGGCAUGUAUGGUAAGGUCUUCCAGUACGAUCAUGAAGGUGGCAACAUGGUGGCUAUUUACGCCAGCUUUGGUGGUCUACUCAUGUGUCUGCGCGGUGAACAACGCCACCUGCACAUGAUUCACAACGAUACACGGAUCUACUGUUUACUCCGGAAACAAUAG